CCGGAACUCACUUCUGUUAAAAUGUACUUCAGCAGUGUGUUCUUGUUGCUACUAGGCUCCUAUGUCUGUUUGAUCAACGGUCUAGGCGGCAGUAGUAGCGAAGGUAACGAUUAUACGUGGGGUACUAAAUUAACAACUGAUACCCUAAUUGCACGCGAGGUCAUAACUAAAACAAAGAUGCUGCUGCAAACCACAACAAAAACAUAUACGCUGACCCAGGCGGGCACCGCCAAAACUAUAAGUUAUAUACACAUAACGGAUCUAAAACGCAUGCGCGGUGCAACUGCUGAGAUCACUUCUGGCGGUGUAGGUGACACGACAGUGACAAUCAAAUUUACUUCUUCAAGAGGAUCCGGAAUUAAAUCUCAAGUGGAAAUAUAUGGAGCAUGAUCGAAUGAUAAACUCCAUGGUAAAAUAUCUCACGAAUAGUUAUUUUUCCGCGAUGUUCUUACA